UAUCCGUCGCCAUCCUCCUCACCUGCGCCAUUGUCCCUGGCGGGCGCUCCCUCUUGUGUUCCCCGGGCCCGGCCGGUCGAGGGGGCGGCCUCCGGGUCGGUGGGGAAGGCGACGGCCGCCCUCUUGGGCCUCGGCUAGUUUAGGCAGGACGGCGACGAGAGAUACUUGGAAAUGGCACCUCGUAAGGGUAAGGAAAAGAAAGAAGAACAGGUUAUCAGCUUGGGACCACAGGUCGCUGAAGGGGAGAAUGUAUUUGGAGUCUGCCACAUUUUUGCUUCCUUCAACGAUACUUUUGUCCAUGUAACUGACCUGUCUGGCAAGGAAACCAUCUGUCGAGUAACUGGUGGCAUGAAAGUGAAGGCUGACAGGGAUGAGUCUUCUCCUUAUGCUGCUAUGUUAGCAGCACAGGAUGUGGCUCAGAGAUGUAAAGAGCUGGGCAUCACUGCUCUUCAUAUCAAGCUGCGGGCUACAGGUGGAAAUAGGACAAAGACUCCUGGCCCUGGAGCACAGUCAGCCCUCAGGGCUCUGGCUCGAUCUGGCAUGAAGAUUGGGCGUAUUGAGGAUGUGACCCCCAUCCCUUCGGACAGCACCCGCAGAAAGGGUGGUCGCCGUGGUCGCCGUCUGUAAACAGUAGCCGAGAUCUUUCAUCAUUAAAGCUUUCCGAUAAAA